GUGUGGUAGUAGUCCAUCUUCUAAACCUUACCUUCUCUCCAUCACUGUACAACACCAUCUCUCAAGAUGUCUUCGAAAUUGCAAGUGUCAAGCGUGCGACAAAGCAUUCAACAAUUGUUGAAGUCUUCUGAAGAGAAGCACCGUAACUUCAACGAAACGAUUGAAUUGCAAAUCGGUUUGAAGAACUACGAUACUCAACGUGACAAACGUUUCUCAGGCACAAUCAAAUUGCCUCACAUUCCUCGUCCUCGUAUGUCUUUGUGCAUCUUGGCUGAUGCAGCUGACGUCGAUCGUGCCAAAUUGAUCGAUUUGGAAUUCAUGACUGUUGAAGAUUUGAAGAAGCUCAACAAGAACAAGAAAUUGGUUAAGAAAUUGGCAAAGAAAUACGAUGCUUUCUUGGCUUCCGAUGCUUUGAUCAAGCAAAUUCCUCGUUUGUUGGGUCCUGGUUUGUCCAAGGCUGGUAAAUUCCCAACACCAGUAUCUCACGCCGAAGAUUUGGAAAAGAAGGUGAUUGAAGUUAAGUCAACCAUCAAAUUCCAAUUGAAGAAGGUCUUGUGCUUGGGUGUUGCCGUCGGUCACGUUCACAUGACUGAUGACCAAGCCUUGGCAAACAUCAUGUUGUCCAUCAACUUCUUGAUCUCUUUGUUGAAGAAGAACUGGCAAAACAUCAAAUCUUUGGUUAUCAAAUCAACCAUGGGCAAGCCAAUCCGCUUGUACUAACCAUCUGUCGCAUUUAAGGAUUGCCGUGUAUUGUAUCACUAUAAUCGAACGAAACAAGUAGCGGUCGCACGCUUGUACCCAGCCACAACAUGAAACAUAUUGCCGAUUCAUUUCGUCAAUUCAUCGUUCGUCGGUGAGGGGAGCUCGAAACGGCAUCCCAAUCCCCAAAAUUAUUGGCAUUUUAUUCAAUGAAA